AUGACUGCCAGCGCCUCAAACACGCAGAAUAAACUCAAUGAGCUACUCGAUGCCAUCAGACAGGAGUUUGUCCAGGUAUCACAAGAGGCUAAUACGUACCGUUUGCAAAAUCAAAAGGACUACGAUUUCAAAAUGAAUCAGCAGUUGGCUGAGAUGCAGCAGAUAAGAAAUACCGUCUACGAACUGGAACUAACUCACAGGAAAAUGAAAGACGCGUAUGAAGAAGAGAUCAAACACCUGAAACUAGGGUUGGAACAAAGAGAUCAUCAAAUCGCAUCUUUGACUGUGCAGCAACAGCAGCAGGUUCAGCAGCAACAGCAGCAGGUUCAACAACAUUUACAACAGCAGCAGCAACAGCUAGCCGCUGCAUCUGCACCUGUUCCAGUUUCACAACAAGCACCGGCCACUACGUCUGCUACUGCUACACCAGCAGCAAACACAAUCACUGGUUCGCCAUCGGCCUUCCCAGUACAAGCUAGCCGUCCUAAUCUGGUCGGCUCACAAUUGCCUACCACAACUUUGCCUGUAGUAUCUGCAAACUCCCAACAACAGCUACCACAACAACAAUUGCAACAACAGCAACUACAACAACAACAACAACCUCCUCCUCAAGUUUCCGUGGCACCAUUGAGUAAUACGGCCAUCAACGGAUCUCCGAAUUCUAAAGAAACCACCACUUUACCCUCUGUCAAGGCACCUGAAUCUACGUUGAAGGAGACUGAACUGGAAAAUAACAACACCUCGACGAUAAAUGACACCGGAUCCGCCACUGCAGCCGAGCCCGAAAUCAAGCCUAAGGAGGAAGAAACGAACCCUGCUAACCUGCACCAGGACCACUACUUGGUUCCUUACAAUCAAAGAGCAAACCACUCUAAGCCUAUCCCGCCUUUCCUUUUAGAUUUGGACUCUCAGUCUGUUCCCGAUGCACUAAAGAAGCAAACUAAUGAUUAUUAUAUUUUAUACAACCCGGCACUACCAAGGGAUAUUGAUGUCGAUCUGCACAAAUCCUUGGAUCACACAUCGGUUGUUUGUUGUGUGAAAUUCAGCAAUGACGGUGAAUACUUAGCGACAGGCUGUAACAAGACCACACAAGUGUAUCGCGUCUCGGAUGGUUCUCUGGUGGCCCGUUUAUCUGACGAUUCAGCUGCUAACAACCACAGAAAUUCUGUCACUGAAAAUAACACUACCACCUCCACAGAUAACAACACAAUGACUACCACUACUACUACCACGAUCACUACUACAGCGAUGACUACAGCAGCAGAAUUGGCCAAAGACGUAGAAAACCUUAACACUUCAUCUUCUCCAUCAUCAGACUUGUACAUCCGUUCUGUAUGUUUCUCUCCAGAUGGGAAAUUCUUGGCUACAGGUGCUGAGGACAGGCUGAUUAGAAUUUGGGAUAUUGAGAAAAGAAAAAUUGUUAUGAUUCUUCAAGGCCACGAACAAGACAUUUAUUCGUUGGACUAUUUCCCCUCAGGUGACAAAUUGGUUUCUGGUUCUGGCGACCGUACCGUUCGUAUUUGGGACCUACGUACAGGUCAAUGUUCAUUGACUUUAUCCAUUGAAGAUGGUGUUACCACCGUAGCUGUAUCGCCGGGUGAUGGUAAAUAUAUUGCAGCUGGUUCCUUAGAUCGUGCUGUGAGAGUUUGGGAUUCCGAGACUGGGUUCUUGGUGGAAAGAUUAGAUUCCGAAAAUGAAUCUGGUACAGGUCAUAAGGAUUCUGUUUAUAGCGUUGUUUUCACCAGGGAUGGACAUAGUGUUGUAUCUGGUUCAUUAGAUAGAUCUGUUAAGCUCUGGAAUUUACAAAAUGCCAACAACAAGAGCGAUUCCAAGGCGCCAAAUUCCGGCACCUGUGAAGUUACUUAUAUCGGACACAAAGAUUUUGUGUUGUCUGUGGCCACCACGCAAAAUGAUGAAUACAUCUUGUCAGGCUCCAAAGAUCGUGGUGUCCUAUUUUGGGAUAAGAAAUCCGGUAAUCCGUUAUUGAUGUUGCAAGGUCAUAGAAACUCAGUUAUAUCUGUGGCAGUGGCAAAUGGAUCUCCACUAGGUCCUGAAUAUAAUGUUUUUGCUACUGGUAGCGGUGAUUGUAAAGCAAGAAUUUGGAAGUAUAAAAAAAUAGCGCCAAAUUAA